CGAUGCAUCGCGUAAGUGGAAUUUUAUGUUCCCUCAUUUUCUCUGCUUUUCCCUAACUUGCCGCGCUCGCCGGAACUCGGCACGCGUUUUGAGGAUGUGCAGAGUUGAUGUGGCGCGUACUCACAAAAAUAUAUCAGUUCUCUUGUCCUGUUGAAGAUCUUUUUUCUGUCACUGAAGGUCAGACAUGAUAUAUCUUCUUGGUGAUCGCUGAUUAUCGUCUCUCCAGCGUCACUUCCGUCUCGUAAAGGCACACCUGUCUCGACCGGACUCCAGUUGAGGAAGAUCCCUUGAAGGGUCUUCGGAGGUUCCUCUUGUCUGCUUCAGGGUUCCAACAUUUAUUUUGCUUCGCGCUGCUUAUCUCCCAGAUUUUUGUUUUUCCUGUUAACAAUUGCCUGAAAUAAGCUUGUCUCGUACCCACCAGGAAGCACCUGGAACGACUGAAUAACUUGCGAAACUGUUGUUUCUUCCAGGAUCGGCCAGAGUCGUUGGCGGGGCGGCCGCGCUGGCGUCAAAAAUCACUUGAAGUAACACCCCCCUUCUUCUCCUCUAAUACUUCGCUGUUCAUAUCUCCAGCUCCCUUUAUACCCGAUUGUUGCUCAGAUUCGGCCACAACUGAGUUUCGUUUGAAUUUGCGCGUCGCAGGAAGCAUUUCCUCUCUAGGCUUUCGCUAGAAGUCGCUGCCGGACUCAGCCCCUUGAAACCCGACUGUUUCAAGCACAAGGACGACACAGAGUGACCUGUCAGAGCUGAAAAAAAGUUCGAUUACUCCUUAGGCACGUGCACAUUCAAGCUCCCUCUUAAGCAACAGCAUCUUGGAGACUUCCCACUAUCGCACGACUUUUCCCGCCGUAUCGCUUUUUGUUCUGCGCUCUGACUUUCGCCUUCUUCUCGGAUGUCUUCCAACAAGUUAUUGGCAGACGAAGGUAACGGCCUUCUUCUGCAUCCCCUUCAGCAGUCUGUCUUCUAUGUUGUCCAGGAUGCCUGAGCCGGCAUGCGGCUCUUCGUAUUUGGGUCCCCCGUCGCUGAAUUUGCCAUCCUUCCCGUCAGGGUCUUGCGGUGCCACCGCGAACUCGGCUCUUCGACGCCUGCCGGAACCGUGCCGUGAACAACUUGAGCGCGAUUUGGCGGUAUUUGCGCGGGGUUCUACUUCAGGUGUUCCCCCGUUACCAAAUGCAUCGAAUAAGCCAGUUUGCCCGGCGGCGGGGCAAGCUCGGAUGGAUAGAGUUAAACACCGCGACUCCGAGAGAUCCCUCAGCUCUCAGAAGUUCGAGGGAAAUGAGUGGGGAAAAAAGAAAAGGGUUUUCGAGACAGAAACUCCCGAUCUCACAGGUCAUCUACGACCCGUACCCGGUGAUAGUCUCAGAGCUACAGGGCAACUCGCGGACAACGCUGCUUACUUUGCGCCCUACUCACUGACGUCUCGGGGAAAAGGGCCUGACACAAGGGACAGCGAUGCGGAAAACUCGGGACUGGAGGAACUGGCAGACAUCGGAUGCGGCUGGGAAGAAACAGAGUCAGAUGCUCAAUUAGGAGGGCUCAGCGACGCCGGUUCCGUGAGCACCGCAGCGCCUACAGAUACCCCAGCUGCGUUGCCCGGUUUGGAGGGACUUCGACGACAGACCGACGACCUUAACGAAUGGCUGGACCAUUCAAUUCGAACUCUUUUACACGCCGCGCGGUAUCAGCUUUCGGAGACGGCAGACAGCGAUCACCCUUCUGAGGCCGACGCAGUGGAAGCUGCCCGCCUCGAGUACCAAGAGGCUCUCGAGAAAAUCCAGGACGCACGUCUGAAAGACCGGGCAAAGAGCGACGUUCACAUCGCGAAACUACAAAGUCAACUUCAAAAGGCUCAGGCAGAGUGUCAAAACCUUCAGUCCACAAUCACUGAGAAAGAUGCACUCUUGAGACAGCUCCAGGCACAUGUGAAGGCAUUGCGUUCUGGGCGGGCCUCAAAGUCUGUCUCCGAAGCGCAGCCGACGGAAGUCGAUGCGCUCUUUGCAAAUCUUCUGAAUCCCGAUGAGGGAGAAGCUUUCGCCGAGGACAACCCGGUGGCAAAUUUGACACAGGCGAGCCAGCGCCUGGCUCAGAACGUGACUGGUGGACCGAAGGAAAGGAAGAAUGCCGGCGCACCCACCCCGGCUGACGUCCUCAAGACAGAGUUCGAGCUGAAACUUCAGUCCCUCCGAAGCAUCAAAGGCUCUAAUGCACCCGCGCUCCAAGAGUGGCUUCGCGUCUUUGUGUCGUCGUGGAAGACGCUGCAAACCCGCUUGAAGAGCGUCAGCAUUCCUGAAAAACCGACUGAAAAGGUCCUGCAGUUGGCGAAGGAGAAAAUCGAGAAGGAAAGGGCUUUGACGUUCAAAGCUCUUGUUCAAGUCCAGCAAGAGUGCUUGCGAGUUAUGAAGCAGGUCUUCGAGACGCCGUGGCGUGCAGAGGAACUUGCAAGAGAGAACAAGGAGCAGACUGCAAAGAUCUCGCUUUUGUCGAGCGACGUCGAGAAAACCCGCGAACACACCGCGGUCCUCGCAGCGGAGCUGAAGCGCCGCGGGCGCUUAAUCGCAAAUCUGGAGGAGGCUGUGCACAUGUUGUCGGAAAACCUGAGUCUCUGCCAAGAGGACUUGUCCACGCGGUUCGAGCAAGUGCUGGAGAGCCGAGAGAAGUGGAAAGAGGCAGAAACGGAACUGCAGCGGACACAGGCGACCCUUAAAGUGACGAAAAAGGAAGCAGCCAAGUUGGAGACGCACUUGGAGGAGGUUCUCGGCCAGUAUCGAGCCUCUCAGCGUCACGCGAGAGAUCUGCAGGUCCAACUCGAGGACAGAACAAGCUGUCUCCACGGUGUGCAGGACGACCUCAACCGAUUUGAAAAGGCCAAUGCCGAGCUCGCCGACGACUUGCAUGCAACGCGUAUCGAGCUGACAAAGACUGCGAUCGAGCUACAUGCAGAGCAACUAGCGGCGUCUCAGGAGCGUUCAUCAGAGAUUUCUGAGUGGAAGGAGAGGCAGCGGCGGAUUGAAGAGAACAUUCUGGAAGCGCUGAAGAAGUCUGAACCGAAAGCGGCUUCGGAAAGCAGUCGGGGAUUUCCCAUUCGCAUUCAUUCGCCGCGCACGAGACCCACAGGCGCUUUUUCUCGGCUCCGAUCCUCUCGGCGCAGUCCCCCUAAAACUCGGCGCGGCCUCACGCGGCUCGUCUCGGCUGUGGCUCGAACUGGAGAGGUCGAAAGGAAGCUGCAGGAAAACGCAGAGAUCGUGGCAGGGGCGAAGCAAGCGACGGCGGGUGCGCGCGACAAGGGCUCUCUGGAGAACUUGGACGAGACCUGGAAGUCGAUUAUGCAGACGGUGAAGAAGGUCGAGAGGCAAGUGCAGUCUGUCUACUCUUCGCGGAGGUCGCACACCGUCUUUGCGCGCGAACUCAGAGGUCUGGAUCGCCUCCUGGAAGGCCUCGAGCCCCAGUUCGUUCGAGCGCAUAAGGCGUUUGAGUCUCUGAAACUGCAGGCCUCGGGAGAAGCCGCCGCGCGCUUUCACCAGGCGAGCGAACUGCGCGCGAAGGAUGUCGCUCAAGCGCCUCUCGAGGCGAACAUCCGCUCGACACGACCUAAGGGUGACCAAGCGCUGCGCUGGGCGGACAAUCUGUCUGGGAAACUUUUAGGGAAAAAGAACCAGGGAAGACGGAGUCGUUUUGGAAAGAAAAUGGAGACACGAGGCCUCGCCGUCACUCGCCGAGGAAGUCGGAGCAGCGCCGACUUCAAGCGGGAGCACUCCGACAGUGCUUGGGCCAAUGUGAAUGACUCCGAUGACGAAAGAGAGAGGAAUGUUCCGUUGUCGCCUUCGGCAAGCGCGACACUGAAGGAAGAGUCCAGCAGGUCAGAGGGCACAGAUUCUGCAGAGCGGGAAUUUGCGAGCAGCCUCAGCAAAUCAAGGUCAUUCGUCUCCGAGGAUCGAGGCCGAGAUGCGUUCCCCGGUUUUCAAGGUCUCCAAAAGAAACUGCGUCGUUUUUCAUCGACAGGGAGCACUCCGUUGUCUGACGACUCCUACUCGUUUUCCGGCGUGAAUCGAAGACACCGACGAAAUCGAUCUGUGCCUCCCGGGCGCUCGCCGUCUCAGCGGAACGGGGACCACGCCGCGGCUCCGCUUGUCCAUGAAGUUAAGAGGCUCGAGGGUGAGUUGAAGCGGGCACAGGAAAUCAUCAAAGAGAUUGAGGAGACGCUUCUUGUCCCCCAGGACUACUUCAGAAAGAUGCGAGAAGUCACGGAAGAAAACAUUCGACUCAACCUUCUCGUCUGUUCUUUGCGCGCCGACAUCGAACACUGCAAAGUCGACCGCCAGGACCUGGAAUCCUUUCACCAAGUCCGGGUCGACUACGCCCAGUUCCAAGCCGAGACAGAGAAGAGAAUCCGCGAUCUGGAGAAGCAGCUGAAAGUCGAAGCCGCUGCUGCGCGCCGGAGCUCACUGCCAGAUGCGGCUGUCAGAGACGCUGCUGGCGUGGCGAGAAAAAAGUUGGAGAAUCUGCGUGUCGAACACCAGCUCGAGAUCCGGACGCUUCGGGACAUGAACGCGCUUGAAGUCGAGCGCAUGCGGCAGAAUUACGAGCGGGAAAUUUCGUCGCUCCAGCAGAUGAUUCAGACGGUGAAAGACAACACCGAGAGCGAAUAUAAAAAAAAACUCCAGCUCCUGCAGCUGCAGAAAGAGACAACGAUGGAGAAGUUUCGGAGCGAGCUCGAGACGCAGUUGCGGGAAACGAAACGAGAGUACGAGCGCGAACUCCAGGAGAAGCAAAAAGACAAAGUCGAGGCGUUGUACAAGGCGGAAAUUGCACAGCAAGCGGCUCUGACGGAGGCUUCACGCGACUUCAACAAACGACUUAAAGAAGUCGAAAAACACUACGAGGACAGACUCCUCGAACACCAAGUGCAUGUUGUGAAGGAACGUGACGGCCUGAUCGCCCGAUUCAAAACCAAGAUCGAGAACCUGACGUCUCAGCUGGAGGAGCAGAAGGAGGCGAGGUGGAAGGCACGCGAGGCACAGGACCAAGCAGAGGUGGAGCGGAAACGUCACCUGGCUGAGCUGGAGCGACAGCUGCGUGUGGAGACUUUGGAGAAGGACGAACUGCGCGAGGCGUUGGAGCGGCAGACCUCGCGGGCGGAGAGUCUCAUGGAGGAACUCGGGACAGUGAGGCGGGAAGGAGGCUCUCCGAAUAUAGGGCGACUGGCGGAUCGCGGGUGUCAGGUGGAGCCGACGGUGCGGAGCCGGGGAACGCAGGUCGAGGACACAGUUAUGGAGUACAUUCGCGAGUGCACAGAGAUCUCUGAAGAGGCUAUGCAGGGGGACGAGACGGGUCGGGUGCGCUCGAGAGUCAGGGACAUGUUGGACGAGAGAAAUGGGAACCUGCGGGGGAGGUGUCUUUUGCGCCACGAACCCACCUUUCUGUCUUCGCCUCCAGCUGAGGGUCUUUGCUCCAGAAAGGAGUCCGGAGAGAAGUCGAGAAAGGCGAGCGUGCUUGAGGUUGAGGACGACGCUUCGAUCGAUGGAGCUGUUCAAGCAGUGGAAAAUGGAGUUCUUAAAACCGCAAGCAAGGCUGGGACGACGACACCAUCGGAGGGAAAGGGUCUGAAGAUGCUUGGGACUCGCACGUCCAUCGGGUGUGGAGUAGAAAAGGAAGACCAAGCCGGCAAGAAGGAGGCGGACCUGUUCAGCAAAGUCGCCGACGUCGCGUUUCGAGCAAAGGCAGGAAGUGUAGGUCCAUUUCAACGCCGCGGCAGUGAGGCAGAACAGAAGGAUCAGCAAGCGGACACGAGUGGGCAAUCCCGUGGCGAGAGAGGGGCUGAGAUUUCGGAGAGAAACACAACGAGUGACGGACUGGGUUCUAAGGACCCUUCUGGUCGAGACAAGUCCCCCGCUGUAACCGGUAUGAAGCAUUACCGGGACAUAAAAGAAACACCUAGUAUUGACAAAAAACUUCACGCGGACGAGGACGAAGGGAGACAAGCUCGCGAUUUGUCGCGCUCAUCUUCUCGCGAUGGACCUCGUUCAUCUUCUCGCGAUUUCGAUUCCUUCGCUGUAGUGAGGUCCAAAGCUCUCGAAGUUCUCCGGCGUCAGCGUGCAGACCCUUCAGACUGGGAAGGAUGUGAGAAUGUGGAAAAGGAUCAUUUCGGGAGUCGCGAGAGGCACUCGAAUGGGGAAGAGUUCAAGACACAGGGAAACGUUGGUCGAGGUUCACUGAGGCAGGAACCCUUUACCGAUGGAGUGUACCACGACAGGCAGCAGCGCUUCUCAGAGAAAGAACCUGCGAAGCCGAUGUUCACUUCCCUCGCGGAUCCGAGCGUGAGGAGACAUUUUAAGGAGGAAGAAGAACGACGGAAAUUCCAGGAAAAGGCAGAAGAGGAGAUCUUGCGCCUUCUCAAACGCGCAGCUGAGUGCAGCGAGGAAGAUUUGAAAAGGGAAGAACGCUCCGAAAAGGCUACCGAAAAGGGGUCCCGUCUCUUCUCUGGAGAGGAGGUGCGAUUCUUUCCGGCAUCUCUCGACUCCGAACUUGAAAGACUGAAGGAACGGCUGAGGCCGGGGAAUUCGGUUCUCAAAGCAGUUCGAGACACAGGCGCUUUCUCGAAAUUCGGAAGCGAUGAUAACUCUGCCAGAUCGGAUCGCUCUCGACACAACGAGCGCCGUUCGUCUUUGAGUGGGGCGGGUACUGGUGUGGAUGACACUUUUGGGAACUCCAGAGCAGAUAAUCUUCGCGUGGAACCGGCGUCACGGCGACACACUGGAGAAUAUGCCCGAGGAACAAGUUUUCACGGGAACAGAAGACCAGAAACCGUGGAGAGACAGGAAAAAUUGGUGGCAGGAAGAUCGCUCCGGACCUCGCUCAUUGAGACGCUUUCCGCCACCUCUCAUCAAAUUCACGUAGAGCGAAGUGCUGUCAAGUGUGGCCUGGACCACAUGCUGCAAAGGCAGGAACACAGCGGCUGGUUUCCUGGCCGCACGGAAAACUCCAAAGAAUCCGGCGGCACGCAGGCGACCAUUUCUGAACAGAUGAGGGCACUGGAGUCACUGGAGAUGCUGUCGCGACGUGUAAGAACCGGGCGACGCGACGCCAAGCAAUAAGCAACCUAUCGUUACCAUGCACGAUAAGGGGGGAUUGCACUCUUACCGAGACAGGUGAGAUGCAUCCCUUUGAACCUGCAUCCAGAAAAGGCUUACAGAACCGCUCUCUGUUGGCCGAGGUCUGCCCUAUGGAUAUCGUUGCACUCAUCUGCGAGAUGAAAAGCAGCGCCAAUCUGAAGAUGAAAUUCGUGUCGUUUCCGAUGUCGCGAGUGAUGGCAUCGGUAGUCCGUUAUAACCACGGAACUCACUUUGCCGAAUUUGGCUUUGUUCGAGAUUCUCGUGGAGCCUUUGAUCCGAUGGAGAAUCUAAACUCCACAAUGUGUGUAAACUUCUCAAGUUAAGGCGAAUCUGGCAAUCCGAUUGUACCGGCGAUGCAUCGGUAUCCCG